AUGACUUUGAUUUACAAAACUUUCGCCAAGCAAGCCGGUGAAGACAAGCAACUUAAUAAAGCGGAAUUAAGAGGUCUCAUUGAAGAGGAGUUUCCUUCUCUCCAAGAUGCAGCCCUCCAUGCAGGUGAUGAAGAUACUGGCGAAAAACUCCUCAAGGAUUUGGAUUGGGAUGAGAGCGAAUCAAUAGAUUUCAUGGAGUAUGUCAGUUAUCUUGCAGCGACUACUUGUUGCAUUCACAAACACUGA